AUGCUCAUUGACUUGAGUCAUAAUGAACUACGUGGCCCCAUUCCACAAUCAAUUUCAAAUCUUGUGAAUUUGACACUACUUGAUCUUUCGUCAAAUAAUUUGAGUGGUGUUGUAGAGCUACAAACAUUCUCAAAUCUAAAAAGUCUUGAUUUUCUUAAUCUUGGUUUCAACUUGAUUCAAGGACCACUCCCAGUUCCACCACCCUCUGUAUCUGGCUUUCUCUUCUCACAAAAUAAACUCACUGGAGAAAUUCCUUCUUCAAUUUGCAAUGUGAGUUCCCUUUCCAUCCUUGAUUUGUCUCACAACCACUUGAGUGGUGCAAUUCCACAAUGUUUGGGAAACUUCAGCAACAUUCUAUUUGUAUUAGAUCUGCGGUUCAAUGCCUUUCAAGGGAACAUCUCCAUGAUAUUUGGAAAGGAGUUACAGGUUCUUGUCUUGCGAUCCAACAAAUUUCACGGUCCAAUAGACACUUCGAAGCCAAAACUCUAUUUCCCUAAACUCCGAAUUGUUGACCUCUCCCACAAUAAGUUCACUGGUCAUUUGCCAGGGAGAUAUUUCAAAAUUUUCAAAGCAAUGAGGUAUAAAACUAUGCCAAACGAAAAAUAUUUGAGUGUUGGAUCGUAUUAUCAAGGUUCUAUUAUGGUGACGAUGAAGGGGCUUGAUUAUUAUUUAACGAGAAUUUUGACUAUCUUCACAGUAAUUGAUUUAUCAUCUAACAAAUUCAGUGGAGAAAUUCCUUCUUCAAUUUGCAAUGUGAGUUCCCUUUCCGUCCUUGAUUUGUCUCAUAACCACUUGAGUGGUACAAUUCCACAAUGUUUAGGAUACUUUAGCAAUGUUCUCUUUGUAUUAGAUCUGCAGUUCAAUGCCUUUCAGGGGAUCAUCCCCCUAAUAUUUGCAAAGGGCAAUAAGUUGCAAAGUCUUAAUUUGAAUGGAAAUCAAUUUGAAGGACCAGUUCCACAAUCAUUAACCAAUUGUAGACAAUUACAAGUUCUAGACCUCGGAAACAACAAGAUAAAUGGCACUUUUCCAUACUGGUUGGGGACUCUUCCAAAUUUACAGGCUCUUAUCUUGCGAUCCAACAAAUUUCACGGUCCAAUAGACACUUCCAAGCCAAAACUCCCUUUCCCUAAACUCCGAAUUUUUGACCUCUCCCACAAUAAGUUCAAUGGUCAUUUGCCAGGGAGAUAUUUCAAAAUUUUCAAAGCAAUGAGGUAUAAAACUAUGCCAAAUGAAAAAUAUUUGAGUGUUGGAUCGUAUUAUCAAGUGGAGAUAUUCCAAAUGUCAUCGGAAGGCUUAAUUCUCUCAUAG